AUGAUUCGGGCCUGCAUCUUAAGCCCCAAAUUCAUCCGCUUCACCCAGGUGGUCUCUGAGAGGACGGCUUCAGUCCGGGGCUUGUGGACUCCAAUUCUACACAGUAGAGGGAAAGCCCUGAGCCCUGUAGCUAAAGAAGGGACCCUCGGGGGGGACUGUAGGGUCUCCACACCCCAGAACGCUGGCCACACGAAACCCCCACCCCCUGUGACUUGGCCUCAGAGCAUCCGGGCAGGGCUGUCUGGCUGCGCCCCAGGGCUCACUCUCACCUCCUCCUCAGGGGACUCAGGGAACAGGCUGACCAGAACAGGAGACUUGUGGAUCCUAGAGCAGUGGACUCAAGGCUCCCCUAAGAAGCAGGCUUGGUUUAAGCCGGGGAUGACUCUCCCUGGUGAAGGUGCUCACAGCAUUUCUUUGUCCUUCCUUAAGGUGCCCUCCUUGCCUGCCUUCAUAACUGCACGCCGCCUGAGGUCCCUGACCUCUGUCAUCAUGCCUCGGAAGCACAAAAACAAGUCUCAUGGCCACGGGAAACACCACCAGGUCCAGGGGGAAGCUCAGGAGCCCCAGGCCAGUGCUGCUGCAGCCCCAGGAGAGGAGCGCCCCUCCUCCCCCUCUUCUGCCCCUCAGGGUUCUCCCCCGAGCUCCCCUGUUUCUGGCGAUCCCCAGGAGCUUCAGGGAGCCAUGGCCCCUAGCUGUCCUGAUGCAGGGCCUUCCUGUGCAGGAUCUGAUGAAGGUGCCCAGGGCCCAGAGGAGGAAAGUGCAGAUGCCGCCCAGUCAGCCCUGGUCGUUCGGAGCUUUCGCAGAGAUCCUCUGAACAGGAAGGCCAGCAUGCUGGUGGAGUUCCUGCUGGAGAAGUACAACAAGAAGGAGCCCAUCACGCAGAACGCCCUGAUGAAGGUCAUCAGCAGCAAGUACAAGGAGCACUUCCCUGAGAUCCUGAGGAGAGCCUCUGAGCGCGUGGAGCUGGUAUUUGGCCUGGAGCUGAAGGAAGUCGACUGCAGCAGGAACAUCUACGCCCUCAUCAACAAGUUCAGUCUCGGGGCUGAGGAAGGUUCACGUGGUGAGCGGGGGAUGCCCAAGUCUGGUCUCCUCAUGGCGCUCCUGGGCAUCAUCUUUAUGAAGGGUAACCGUGCCACCGAGGAGGAGGUCUGGGAUUUCCUCAAUGUGUUGGGGAUCUAUGAUGGGAGGAAUCACUCCAUCUUUGGGGAGCCCAGAAAGCUCAUCACCAAAGAUCUGGUGGAGAAGGGGUACCUAAACUACCGCCGGGUGCCCAAAAGUGGUCCUCCGAGCUACGAGUUCCUGUGGGGCCCGAGAGCUUAUGCUGAGACCAGUAAGAUGAAGGUGUUGGAAGUUCUGGCCAAGAUCCAGGAUACGGUCCCGAGUUCCUUCCCAGACCUCUUUCACGAGGCUCUGAGAGAUCAGGUGGAGAGAGCAGGGCUGAGAGGCGUUUCCAUUCCUCCAGCUGUGGCUAAGGCCAGUGCCCCUUCCAGGGCCAAGUCCUGCAGCUCCUCCCACAUCUAG